UAGUAUAAUUUGGGGGGGAAAUACCUUGACACAUUGCUACUCCAAAGAUUCUUUUCGGAAUUGGGCUAGAAAUUCUUCUCUCUGAUCUUAUCUCCCACGAUUGCGCCGGCGACGUCGAACCAGUUAGCGGAUUCUUCUGGAUUCGAAGCACGAAGUUUAGAGAGACUGCGAACUACGGUAUUGGCUGAGAUGCACAGUCCGGAGAAAGUACUCGACGAUCCUGCCAAUGAGGACAGCAGUGUCUCUGUCGAAUUGGAGACUUCCAUUAGUCGAAAUGGCGAUCUCAAGGAAGAAAAUGAUCUUGCAAACACGAAUUUGGAAAACUCUAAUGCUCUAGCAAAUGGGCUUUCUUCCAUGCUUAUCAACAUCAUAAGGGAUUUUGACUCCAAAGCUGAUGAUACUCUUAAGAGCCAGAGCCAGCUUUCAUCUUCCCUUGAUCGUAUCACUACAGUUAUUACUUCAACCUUUACAGAACUGGAUCAGUUACUUGAAGCUGCACCUUUUCCAUUCAUCAUGCAGCAUGCCUCGAGGAUUUCAAGUGUAAGAAAGAGAGUUUUGUCACUAAAUUCCAUCUUAGGAUCCAUACAACGAAGAUUAGAUAACAUAGAUCGGGCAAUCUCGAUGGGCAAUCGACCAGAUACUCUUUCCUCUCAAAGUUCCUCGCAAACUCAACAUGGUUGAAGAUUGCAACAAAUCGAACUAGUACAUCACCCUACAAUAGUAUUGAAAUUUUCGCCCUCGGUCUAUGUGCACACGCAUACAACCUGCACAAUUUAUCUAUUUCCGACUCGUGAGUGGAGUUUUGAUGUUACUAUUAACAUUUAGCUUAUGUUUUAGUUUCUCGCAUUCACAUCAUUUUGUCUCUAUGUACUGAUGUCAUGCCUAUAUGUAUUAAU